GCGAGGGGAAAAGUCGCGCUCGCGUCGUGGGUGGCAAAGAUGGCGGCAGCGGAGCUGGAGGACGGGCGGGAAGGGGAGCGCUCCGCCCGGCUCGGGUAAACCACGGCUCGACGGACGGCGGAAGGAAGAAUGGGGCCGGCCGCCGCCUUCCUGGGCCAGCUGCAGAGGAAGGCGGCGCCGCGCGCGUUCUCCGCUGGGUGCCGGCCGCGGUGGGGCCCGCUCAUCUCGUUCUCGGGAGCGGCGGGACGAGCUGAGGGCCGGACCGCGGCCCUCACCUUCCCUGCCCCGCUGCGUUCCCAUGGGCCGCAUACAGCGCGGGCCGCCGCAGCUCUUGUUCCGUUUCCUUCCAGAGAGAGUAUAAAAGAGAAAGCGAAACUCCGCUUGAGGGAGUGCGAUGUUGGGGACAAGUUCUCCCAUCUGCCUCUGCGCAAGGCCUCGGUGCUGCUGCCGCUGCUGCUGCGGGACGGCGUGCUGUGCCUGCUGCUCACCGUGCGCUCCGUGCAGCUGAGAAGAUCACCUGGGGAGGUGUGUUUUCCAGGAGGUAAAAGGGAAGAAAGGGAUAAAGAUGAAAUUGAUACUGCUCUCCGGGAAGCCAAAGAGGAAGUGGGACUGCAGCCGGAGAAGGUGGAAGUCAUCUGUAGGCUUGUGCCUGUGAUUGAUAAAAUGAAUCAUUUGAUAACGCCAGUUGUAGGAUUUAUAGAGGAUACCUUCCAGGCCUCUCCUAAUCCAGAUGAAGUGAGCGAUGUUUUUGUUGUGCCACUGGAGUACUUCAUCAAGCCCUUAAAUUACGUGGCCUUGCCGUAUAAAAACUCAUCUGGUUACUUAAGCUGGAUGCACUGCUUUACAUAUGAUGACCACGAAAGUAAAAAGUCAUUCAAGAUAUGGGGACUUACUGCACAUCUUGCUGUAUUUCUUGCUAUUGUAAUUUUUAGGACAAAACCCACCUUUGAAGUUCAUUAUGAUCUUGACAACUUAAUUGCAUCUGCUGAGAAUGGUUUUAUGAACUUGUAUGCAUCCAUAAAGGAAAGAAAGAAGAGUAGUCUAUAACAGGCUGGUCUGAUGGUCUCUGUUGAAGGAGGAAAAAGGUUUGGGCUUGUUUCCUUUGUAUCCAUUACUUGACUGAAUUUCACAUUUGCAUUCCUGCUGAAUUGGAAAACUUUUUUUAAUAAAACCGAGCUGUCGAUCACUGACUAGAUUCAUAAAUUUUACCUGGUUUUGAGUUAUCAAAAGCGCACAAUAUUUUUAUCAUACAGAUUUAGAAGGUCAGGUUUAGUUUCUGCCUUUGUUUUGUGUGAUUCGAGGCUGACUUUCUGUGCCUUUCUUCCAUUUAAUGAAAUAAAACUUUUGAUUUUUGCCUGUUUGAAAUAGAACAUAAAAACUUUUUGGAAUCU